AGGUUUCAACUAUAUCAAUAUCAAAUAAAACAACAACAAAGACUUGAUCUUCCAUAUCAGCAACAACUACAACUCGAACAACAACAACGACUCAAUCUAAAACAAUAUCAAGUUCUACAACAACAACAACUAGAUCAGAGACAGUACCAAAUAAGACAACAACAACUACAAUACCAAAGACAACAACUACAACAACUAUUUUACCAAGUAGAACAACAACAUCUACAAGAACUAGAACAAAAAAAACAACAACUACAACAACAACAACAACAAAAACUUGUACCAAAGAAAUAUGUAAAAGCAAUUUAUGAAGAGUUCUUAUUUGUUCGUUCAAAUACGUUUUUUGUUGUCAUCCCAGUAUUCCAAGAAGGUUUAAAAUUCCAAAGAGUUUUCGAUGUUAUGGAAGUAGAUAUUGAUUUUUUAAUAAAAGCAACCCCAAAUGAUAUAGUUCCAAUAACUUUUUCAAUGGCAAGAAAUUAG